AUCCCCUCCCCUUACCCCAAACCUGUCGAGCUCAUCCGCCAGGAAGAAUAUCCCCAUAUGAACCAAGGGACAUACCUCGACCACGGCGGUGCCACCGUCCCGGCCCUGUCCACCCUCCGCCGCACCACCGCCCUCCUCUCGCGCAACCUGUACGGCAACCCGCACUCGGCCAACCGCCCGGCCGCCCGCUCCGGCGCCGCCGUCGACGCCAUCCGCGCCCGCGCCCUCGCCUUCCUCGGCGCCGACCCGGCCCGCUUCGACCUCGUCUUCACCGCCAACGCCACCGCCGCCAUCAAGCUCGUCGCCGACGCCUUCCGCGACCUGGGCGAGAAGGUCCUCUCCCCCACCACUCCUGGCGCUUUUGCUACUGCUGCUGCUGCUGCUGGCGGUGGUGGUGGCGGUGGUGGUGGUAGUGGGUUCUGGUACGGCUACCACCGCGAGGCGCACACCAGUCUCGUCGGCGUGCGCGAGCUGGCCGCCGGGGGCCACUACUGCUUCGUCGGCGGGGACGACGAGGUGGAGGCCUGGCUGGACGGAAGGGUGGUCGCGAUCCGGCCCGGCUCCGGACCGGUCGUUCCGGGCUAUCCGGGGAUGGCGCCGGGUCUAAUGGCGUGGCCGGCGCAGUCGAACCUGACGGGGAGGAGGUUGCCGGUUACCCGGUGGGUGAGGAGGGUGCGGGAGAACGGAAGGAGGAGGGGCCGCGCCGCCGCCUCCGCCUCCGCCGCUUGGAGGGACACGUACACCCUAGUGGACGCGGCCGCGCUGGCCAUGACGAGCGGGCUGGCCGAGCUGUUCGCGGACCCGGAGGCGGCGCCCGACUUUGUCUGCCUCUCCUUCUACAAGGUCUUUGGCUUCCCCGACCUGGGCGGCCUGGUCGUCCGCAAGGAGUCGGGCCACGUCCUCGCGCUGAGGAAGUACUUUGGCGGCGGCACCGUGUCCAUGGUCAGCGCCAUCGGCGGGGCGUGGCACCUCUCCAAGGGUCUGGGCGUCGCCGCGGCCGCGGGGGAGCCCGCAGCCGGGGAGGGAAGACAGCACGGCGGAGCGCUGCACGAGGGCCUGGAGGACGGGACGCUGCCGUUCCACAGCAUCCUGGCGCUCGGGGAGGCCAUGGACGUCCACGGCGAGCUGUACGGGUCCGGGUCCGGGUCCAUGGACAACAUCUCGGCCUACACGACCGCCCUGGCCGAGCGGAUGUACCGGGGCAUGCGGGCGCUGAGGUACGCGGACGGCCAGCCCGUGUGCGUCAUCUACGAGGAAGGGUCCGUGUCGGAAUACGGAAACGCCACGCGGCAGGGCUCUACCGUGGCAUUCAACGUCUUGCGGCCGGACGGGGGCUACGAGCCGUACGACAGGGUGGAGAGGCUGGCAAACGACAUGGAGAUCUAUGUCCGGUCGGGAGGGAUCUGCUGCCCCGGAGGCCUGUUUACGGCCCUCGGCUAUGAGCCCUGGCAUCUACAUCGUGCGCGAUCCGCUGGACAUCAAUGUGGCCCUAACGGCAUCGGUAUCAUCAACGAAUUGCCCACUGGUGUGGUACGAGCUAGUCUCGGAGCCAUGAGCACCGUUGAAGACGUCGAUCGGUUCCUCUCCUUCCUUCGCGAAACCUUCAUCUCGCGGGAGGACAGCGCGUAUGCGAGCAGCAACGGGGACGGCUCUGCCUCGCUGAAUCGGCCCGAGGACUAGAAGAGAAUGGAGCUCCAUGAUGGAAGCAGCACAGAGGUGCAAAAAGAAGACAACGCCUUGCUUGUAGGUUCGAUGAAAGACACGAAGAUUGCUUUCCAGCAGGCCUCCGUUUCGUAUGCCAGAUAGGCGGAUCCUCGAGGUGAUGAUGGUCCUCGGACGCGUUUCGAGUGCCCGUUACAAGCCAAGUGGUUUCGCCCAUUUGACACCCGACAAACAAUAAUAAUAGCAGGCACGUACAUACAUGUGCUUCUCAAGCGACCGCUUCGUGGCGAUCGCAUCUUU